UCGUAGUAUAAAACCAUUCGAAAAUGAAGUUCAGUUAUUCGGAAACGAUCAGCGGAUCAGUGAUCAUUGGAAUAUCGUGAAACCACGGAGUUCUAGUGCCCUCAAAUUGCUGACGUCAUAAGCACCACGAUGGCCAGACUUUCGGCGUCUUCGAUCCUCAUUUUCGUCCUUUGUGGUGUAGCUCUUGAAGGAUUUGCCAAGCCUCUGGAAACUGGUGCGAUUUCUGAACCAUCCGACGAAAAUGCAUACCUCGUGAGACGUGAGCGUUCUCCGCAGUUUUCAUUUGGCGAUUAUGGUGAUUACUCGUAUUCGGACGUACGCUCGCGUCAUUUGAAGCACAAACACAAGCCCAAGCCGUCUCAUGGUCCAAUCAAUAUCCAAGGUGGACAUCAGCAGGGUGGCUGCAGGAGUCACGGUUGCGGAUCCUACAAUAAGCCGAAUUCCGGUGGUGGAUCAUUCGCCGGAGCUUUCGCGGGAUCGAAUGGUGGAGGCAACAACCACAACACCGCCGCCGAGGCCUUCAACAUCAAUGUGGGUAACCUCAUGUUCAGUUAUGCCUAUGCUGGCAGCAGAGAUCGUCAAAAAUACGGUGAUUACGGAAGAGAAUUUCAUGAGUUUGCAAAGCAAGAUUAG